UCGCGCGUAAAGUUGUGUUGACAGGAGUGGUAGGAGUUGUCAGCGGAACAGAAGCAGCCAGCAUCAGCGGAGCCGAAUGGAGUAAUCACAAAAAUAUUAUUCGACACAACUUUUCUGUUACCAUUUAGAAGCAUUGUUUACACAGUUCUCACAACAACACCAUGGCAGACGACCAGUCCUCUCAACCGUGGUCAAUCGAUAGGGAUGACUACGAACUCAAUGAGGUGAUAGGGAGUGGAGCCACUGCAGUUGUCCAGGCAGCGUACUGCAAGCCAAGAAAGGAGAAGGUGGCCAUAAAACGCAUUAACCUGGAAAAGUGUCAAACUAGCAUGGAUGAGCUCCUGAAAGAGAUCCAGGCCAUGAGCCAGUGCCACCACCCAAACAUUGUGUCUUACUAUACCUCCUUUGUGGUGAAGGAUGAACUGUGGCUGGUGAUGAAGCUUCUCAGUGGUGGCUCAGUGUUGGACGUAAUCAAGCAUGUGAUCUCUUGUGGCGAGCACAAGACCGGAGUGUUAGAUGAGGCCAGCAUCGCCACCAUCCUGAAAGAAGUCCUGGAGGGACUGGAGUAUCUUCACAAAAAUGGGCAGAUUCAUCGGGAUCUAAAAGCUGGAAAUAUCCUUCUUGGUGAAGAUGGCUCAGUGCAAAUUGCAGACUUUGGAGUGAGUGCCUUUCUAGCAGCAGGAGGAGACAUGACUAGGAACAAAGUUCGGAAGACCUUUGUGGGGACACCGUGCUGGAUGGCCCCUGAGGUCAUGGAGCAGGUCCGUGGCUAUGACUUCAAAGCUGACAUUUGGAGUUUUGGGAUAACAGCCAUUGAACUGGCCACUGGGGCUGCACCAUAUCACAAAUACCCACCGAUGAAGGUGCUGAUGCUGACUUUACAGAAUGACCCUCCCUGUCUGGAGACGGGCAUCACAGACAAGGAAAUGGUGAAAAAAUAUGGCAAGUCCUUCAGGAAGAUGAUCUCUCUGUGUUUACAGAAAGACCCAGAAAAAAGGCCAACUGCAGCUGAGUUGCUGAAGCAUAAAUUCUUCACAAAAGCUAAAAACAACGAGUACUUGCAGGAGAGGAUCCUACUUAAAGGUCCAACAAUAUCAGAGCGAUCUAAAAAGGUGCGCCGUGUGCCCGGCUCGAGUGGUCGUCUCCACAAAACGGAGGAUGGCGGUUGGGAGUGGAGCGACGAUGAGCUGGAUGAGGAGAGUGAGGAGGGUAAAGCUGCUGUGGCAGCUCUGCGGUCACCCAGAGUGAAGGACGGGUCUCAGAAUAUGGAGCUUUUCCCACCACCAGAUGGCUCCACAGGGCAUCUGCAGCCACCUGGUGUGGCACAUGAGAGCCCUGCUAAUGUGGGCCAGGCAGGAGAGAGUGCUCCACCACAGGCUCCAAGUCAAACAGCGAGCCCUUCACAUGCACCUGCUGCACAGGAUUCAGCUGCAGCCAAUACGAGCGUCCCCAUCAGCCUCGUCCUGAGACUGAGGAAUUCCAAGAAGGAACUCAAUGACAUCCGAUUUGAGUUCAUGUACGGCAGAGAUUCUGCCGAUGGAGUUUCUCAGGAGUUGGUCUCAGCAGGUCUGGUGGAUGGGAGGGACUUAGUCAUUGUUGCCGCCAAUUUGCAGAAGAUUGUUGAUGAUCCUCAGAGUAACAAAAAUGUGACUUUUAAAUUGGCAUCUGGUGUGGAGGAGUCUGAAAUUCCGGAUGAUGUUAAACUCAUUGGAUUUGCGCAGCUCAGCAUCAGUUAAGUCAAGCAAAGCCAGCAACAAAGGACAGAAACUAAUGGCAUUGCACAGCUGCAUUGUAGUCAAUUUCAAGAAACCACUACUGCCAAAGAAAGGAGGAUGAGGAGGAGGAGGAAGAGGAAGAGACGUGAAGCUGGCAGGAGUGUGACACUACUGCAGGAUGCAUGAGGACCAUGUUGAGAAGAGGCUCAGUUCAUCACAGGAAUCACACUUGAAACAUUUACAGUGCGCUUAUACAGUAAAUGGAGGAAGAGAUGCAAUCAGUUAUUUCAACUACUUCCUAAUUUCUUUUUCUUUUUUUUUCCUCCUUCAUACAUAAGCACAAUCCAAACCAUCUCUCGCCAGUACUGGAGAUGAUUGCCUUUUUGUUUGUCUUUUAAAUCAAACGUGCCACAAAACUCAGUGUCGUGCCAUCUUUAUAUGGCACCUUAUGCUACACUGAAAUUGAAAAGUGUAAAUUUAGCCUUAGUCGAAUCAUAGCUUUUACCAGUGCGUUUGGUAAAAAACCGAAUCCACCUGUGAUUAUCAGGUGUACUCCGUGUACGCCUAUCAAAGAAAUUUAAGAAAAUCUCCCGUACCCUUGAUACAAAUAACUUAGAAACACACUGUAGCACCGUUUUAGUUUUGUAAUUCUGUAAAUUCAGAUGAAUUAUUUACUUUAAAUAUGACAAUAAUAAUAAUAAUAAUAAUAAUUACCAGAUUUCUGUAUAAGACAACUCAAGGCGUGUGUUUUGGUGGUUUUGUCAAAACAGAACCAAAGCAUUUAGGCUCGGAGUACACUGCUGAGAUCAUUCAGAUAUACACAAAUCAACUGUAACUGUCCCAUAACUGCAGUUACGGCCCUUUGUCCAAUGGGGUUUUCCCAUAGUAUUUAAAAACAAGAUUAUUUUCACAGAUUGAGACCUGCCUGAUAUUCUUGUACUAUGCAAUAGGUAUUUUCUUUUCACGAUUUGUGACCACUGGGUGCUGGUGAUAUUUCUCUUGGGUUGAAUAAAACUACUUUUGUGCUUGAGCCUUGCCAGGAGUUCAUGGAAGUCAACCAGCCAAACAGGCAGCUUCAGGAGCCUGCAGUGAGAAUUUACUUACAUUUUCGCUAGCAGCCUGCAAAGUCAAAAGAUAAUACAUCAACAAACAACAAAUACGGGUAACAGCUGUUGUCUUCAAUGUACCCUUACAAGAGGCCAUUUUGCCAGUUUACUAAUUAUUGAUCCAACAGCUAGGAAUAAUCCUGAAUGCUGGCAAUGAGUGUCGAACCCGGGGCUGCUCGCAUUACAGGCUGACUGUUGAUCAACUUCUGUGACCAGGGCUGCAAGCUCAAAAGCUGAAAAUGUUCUACCCAGUUGAAAUAAAGUUUAAAGGGGCAGUUCAUCCAAAUUGCUAAAUAAUUUCAGUUGUAAUAAAAUAGAUCACGUCACUUGCGUCUCGUUGUAUUUAGCCAUGCAGACAAUUUUGCUUUUAUUUGCUGUGUUUUUGAGAUGAAUGCACAGAAUGAUAGAAUGGAGGUGAAAGCACCACCACAUUGAUCCAUACUGAAAUAACUCUAUACUAUUGUAAUAUAUAUAUAUAUAUAUUCAUGGUCCCUAAAGGAUGAGUUCUGCUGACUUUGGUAACUCACAUUUUCUAUAGAACAAAAUUUCACUUUGUCCAGUACUCGAUGGUUUAUGACCAAAUACCUGCAAUUCUGAUGACAUUCCCAUCAGCCUUAGCCAUACUUUGUGUUUAGCACUAAUUAGCAGUGUUAGCAUGUUAACACGCUAAUGCUGACGUUUGCUCAAUUGACAUUCACUCAGGGCUGCUAAACUAGACUCAGGAAGGAGCAGCAGGAAUCUUGAGAUGGAUUUCCCAGCAAAUGAAAGCAAAACUAUCUACAUGUCUCUGUCAGGAGAGGUAAAUUUUAAAUACGUUGGCUGAAGUAACCCUUUAAACUUCUCCAGGGGCCAGUUAUUACUCUAUUUUUUUUUUUUUUUUUUUUGUCACCAGGCAAGUUGUUUUGACAGUACUGUACUCUGUUCGCUUUCUAAACACUCACCAAUGAAUCACUGUCAUCACUCCCAGUGUAGCUGUAUGGCUGUUUUGUACCACGCGCAAAGGGCUGUGGAAUAGCUCCUAGUUCAGGUACUGAUGUAAAUGGUGUAUGUAAAGAUGUUGUAAAUGUACGUAUGAUGGCAACUCCAUGCACUGUCACACGAACAUCAUGAGGUUUGUAUGUAAUGAUGUAGAUGCAUUGUCUGUUUAAGUGCACAUGUCAGAUGAAAGGAACAUUUUGCUUGUAAAUAUCGAUUAAGGCGUACAGGUUGAGACUCAACGUGUUCAGUAAACAGAGUUGAAUUUGUUUUGUAGUGUUUCCCAUUGUUGGCCUUUGUCAGAGCAUCACUAAUCAUGCACAAGUUAUGUCUUCAAUUGGCACCUUAUUGAUCUGUUAACAUGCGUGUUUUUGGAAUUACAUGGGGCUUUUAAUCACACACUCUGUGCUUUGAUGUCAUGGUAUGCAUUUUUUUCUCACUGACACCUGUCCAAGGAAAUUGAUGAAAUCUCAUUUUAAUAAGAUGGACAGCACAGGUUACAUUUAUCUCUCCCUCAUUGUGUGUGUGUGUGUGUGUGUGUGUGUAUGUGUGCGUGUGAUAAUUUGGUGAUAAAAUGAUUGAAUAUCAGAGGCUUUGAGCUCAUCGUCACUUAGAUUUUCUAAAUUUCUCUACGUUUUAUUGUUUACUCCAAACCCAUUCAUUCUGCCUCCUUACGGGGGUCAUCGAAUGAUUAGUAUUAAUCAUUUGAUUGACAAGUAUCUUUUUUUUUUUUUUUACAGAUCAUUACAUAUAUUUUUAAAAUAUGAUUAAUUAUAAAAUGUGUACACCAACAAAUGCAUAAUUCAAAGUGGAAUAUUUGUGAUAACAUACAAAAGAGAUACCUUGGCAUAUAUAGAUUCUUGAAAAAUGUCAACACAUGCUGAUGAUUUUUAGCAGCUGAAUAAAAUCACAUGAUGGAAUUCAA